AUGGCGUGGCUGGUGCUGCUUGCCUGCCUCCUCGCGCUCCCUUCGGCCACAGCAGACUGCCUGUCCCGGUGCUCCUUGUGUGCUGUGAAGACCCAGGAUGGACCCAAGCCCAUCAACCCCCUGAUCUGCUCCCUGGAAUGCCAGGCUACCCCGCUGCCCUCUGAGGAAUGGGAGAGAUGCCAGGGCUUUCUGUCUUUCCUCACCCCCUCCACCCUCCAGCUCAAUGGCCACGAAGACGUGGAGAGCAAGGUGGCUUUGGAAGAGCCCUAUAGUGAGCUGGCCAAGCUCACAGGGCCCUUGCUGCAGGAGCUGGAGACAAGUCAGUUCCUCCCCAACACCCCAACAAAGGAAAACGCUCUGAGCCAGAGCCUGGGAGAGAGACUCCGGGGCCUCUCGGGUGGGCUUGGGGAGGGAGCAGAACCUGAACUCACGGGGGGUGCUCAGCCGCACGACAGCGCUGUGGAGGCAGGUGGCCUCGAUUUCCAAGAGGAGGACCCCAAGGUGCAGGUCAAACGCUAUGGUGGCUUUUUGCGCAAGUACCCCAAGAGAAGCUCGGAAGCAGCUGGUGAGGGGGAGAGGGUGGGCCACGAGGACCUGUACAAACGCUACGGCGGCUUCCUGCGGCGCAUCCGUCCCAAGCUCAAGUGGGACAACCAGAAGCGCUACGGAGGUUUUCUCCGGCGCCAGUUCAAGGUGGUGACCCGGUCUCAGGAGGACCCCGAUGCCUACUCUGAAGAGCUGUUCGAUGCAUAA